UAGAGGUUUUAAGGCCAAUUUUUGGUCAUAAAUAUUGUUGGUCCUCAGACAGUGAAAGUUGGUCAUAGAAACUAGAAACUCUCUAUAGUUAGGGAUCUUGCAUUGUUUGUAUGUGUGUGUAAGGGAGAGAGAGAGGGGGGUCAUCUGCUUUGAAGUUAUUUUUAUGCUUUUAUUACAUAACAGCUAGCAUCUGCAUUUUGGAUAUCUUUUGAAGUUUGUUUGAUUUGAUUUAGGGCUACACCUGUAAGUGACAAACAAAUGUUCUGUCUUUCUUAUCUUUGCUUGGAGGUUGUGACUGAUGUCAGUCGAUUGAAACUGCAAAUAUUGAUAAUAGAGAUAACUCUUAAGAUUAGUAUGUACAAAGGACGUUGUGAACUUGAAGGUACCCUCUCUGAGAUUUUCCUACCCUUUUUGUGAAAAUAAGCUAUUUUUCUCCUGCUCAAAAAUUUUUCCUGUUAAGUUUAUACUGCCAUGACUUCCUGUACGUUUUAGAAGGAAGUUAUGUUGACAGUAGAUACUUAAAUUUGUGGGGCUUUUAAUAGUUUUUUUUUAUGUCUGAAUUGGGAACGAUGCGUAGCUUUGCGUGGUAUGUAGAUAGAAAAUAUUAUUUUGGGACAGUUUGAAAAGCAGAUAUUAUAUCUUUGAAAUAAACAUGUGUAGAAACUGUAAAAUCCAAAGGGGUUAGUAUUUAAAAAAAAACAACAUUUGAUAGAUUUUGAGGUAAAACCAAUUCAUUAGUAUUUUUGUUAUCAUGUACACUAUGGUGCAUGAAAAUAAUUCACUAAUAACACUCUAGUUUAGGAUUGAUGUACAAUUCAGGUGCAAAAAGUGUUAAGAAAUGAUGUGCAAUGCAAGGCCCCCAGACUGCAACUUGAUACAGCAAUAAUACUGAUGGGCCGCUAUUAGUCUGUUGGCUGCUCAACUUAGGGUGCAACUUUUUAAAAAUCCAAUACAAACUUUGCACACUGUUCAUUCUUCCCUGGGACAAAGUGCCUCUUAGAUGCUGAUACCGAUAGUUUAAGAAGGUAUCCGUGUGCAGAAAGGUUGAAGCAAGGAUUUCUAACAGAGACGUAGGCAGCCUUCACAACCAAAGUUGGUCUGCAGACUAACAGACCCGGGGAUCAAAUAUAGUCGACCCACUUGAAAGCUUGCCACAUAACCCCCAUGGGUAAUCUAUUCAGUGUCUUUUAGGGGUUUAUGCUGCAAACUUUUAAGUGGGCCAGCCAUAUUUGACCAGUGGAUUUGUAAGACUGAGUUCCCACAGAUUUAGAUCAAUCCAUCUGGAUUGACCUAACUCUCUAUGGGUUCAAGCUAAAUUGCUGUCAGCUUCCGAGAGCAAAAAGUUAAUUAUGCCUUACAGCUUUUAGCAGGCAGGAUAGACAUUUAAGCCGAUCAAGGCGACAGCAAUCUAGUGAGACUCCCCAGGGGGAUAGAUUGAUCUAAAUAUCUGUGGGAAUGGUCUCUAAGCCUGUGGAUCAACUGCAUGGUUAUGAAUGCUGCUAUACAGAUAUGUACAAGGUUGAGAGUAGGAAAUCAAUAAACCUUUUAACAGCCGUCAUCUUAACAAAAGUAGGACUUCACAUCACUUUACCAUUGUGUCAGUUAGAUAAGACCCAAAGCAGUGAAGUGUAGAAACUGACCAGUGUGACAGCAGUGGACCUAACAGAAGGGGUGUGUUGACCUUGCUGUACAAUCAAAUCAAGCAGGACACUAAGAAGACAUAUAAAGCAUUAUUUCUGCAGAGGUUUCGUUUUCAGGUGCUAUUAACAAGGUGCUCUUGUAUUGAUUGCGGUAGAGACACUUUUAAAGCGACAAAGGUUGACAAUUCAACUUGUGUAGACAAUAUUCCGAGCUCAUCAGGUGACACUUACAUACAUGUAUACUGUAUUUACUAAUUGACAAAGGGAGACUUCAGUAUGAAAUCUACAAAUACCCAAGCUAGGAUCUGUAUAUAUUUAUUCCUGUUAACAGGCUUCUUGUCACAAGCAUGGUGUGACAGGACAAAAAUAGCAAAUAACCAGUCUGAUCAUGUUGAUGGUGAGACGCACAUUUUCCUGAAGCGCAUAUUCGACAAGUAUGGAACAGACGGUUUGCUGACUUAUGAAGGCUUUGAGCACCUCCUGGCCAACUUGGGCCUUGGUAACAUUUUCAUAGACCAUGACCUAAAGUCACAUCAAACAGACAAAGGUUUUAAGAACUUGCACAGUAGUCACAACCAUACCCAUGAUGGUUCUUCCACAACCAGGAAGGUGCAUUCACCCCUGAAGUCGGCCUCACUAAAGAGAGGUACCUUGGAAAAGGUUGCUCAGAAGGAAUUGGAAGAGGUAGACAGAGAUGUCACUGCAGAGAACCAAAGAGGUAAUAGAGAGAAGCCCAGAGAUCACAUGGUCACACGACGAAAACACCAGCAUCAUCACAAAUCCAAUCACAAGCACAACAGGCAACACGACAGAGUGCGUAACAGGAAGCCAGAGGGUUCUCCGGCAUUGCAUAACGGCACUACAACACGGACUGAAGGCACUGAGAGAAGUCGAUCAGGCAGACAAUUGAGGUCAGUUGGGUCAGUGGACAGAAGGGUCAGGGCCAUAAAUGACACCCAACUGGCCCCCACCACAACACGGCCUGGACCAGCCGAGCAGCCUUCUGAAGGAUUGUCAUGGCCCCCUGUUACAGUAAGCUCAGGUGAUCCAUCUACUCAAACUGCACAACUGCACCUUACACAAGAGUGUCUGACCCCUGCUGCCAUCUUGGCUGCAUUCAAGGUCCAAGAUGCCCCCAAUAUUACAGAGGCGCUGUUCAUGCGUAUAUGUCCUGCACUGGUCUAUCAGCUGGACAGCCAUUUAUGUCAGAACAGGAUCAUUCAGGCGCACGAUCACGAGUACAAGCACGAGCAGGAUGACUACUAUUGGCUUUAUGAAGAUUUUGAUGAUCACAUUCAUGGAAAUGAUUCAGUGACGAAGGUAGCAAUUGCUGGAGAUGAUAGAUCAGCUAGAGUGUGGGGGUUUGCCAGUCUCUCUGUCAUUGUGAUCAGCUUGGUGGGACUCCUGGGGGUGUGUGUUGUCCCCCUGAUGCAGAAGAUCUUCUACAACCACCUGCUGCAGUUUCUGGUAGCUCUGGCUGUGGGCUCACUGACAGGGGAUGCCCUGCUGCAUCUCUUACCACAUGCCCUUGGUUCCCAUGGUAACGAUAUGGAGACCCAAGAUGACGGGCAUAAUCAUGGCGGACCCGACACCAAGCAGGACCCCAACCGUGCGGUGUGGAAGGGCAUUGUGGCACUGCUGGGCAUCUACUUCUUCUUCCUCUGUGAGAGAUUGAUGAGUCUGUAUUCCUCACACAAAGCAAAGCAGAAGAAGAAGAGAAGGGAGAUGGAGGAGGAGAGACUGGCUGAGCUAGCACAGAAGGAAAUGAAUGUGCUACCAGAGUUGAAAGUCGAAGGCGACAGUGAAGAACCUGUUGUUCCCAAACCAGCACAUGAACAUCACCUGACGGUAGAAAUAGCGCGACCACGGGCAGACAGCAUGUUCAGCUAUUUGACCCGACCACGGGCUGAGAGUUCAGUCAGCAAGCGCAGUUAUAGGCCACCUGCCAAAGACAGUUCACUGAGCGAUUCCAAGAAGACAAAUAAUUCUUGUGAAGAUGUUUUGAUGAUGCAUAACAAAGCAAUGGCGGAGCUGGCAGACGAAGCCAGAUAUGAGUGGGAAGAUAUGGAGGCAGCUGCAGCAGAAAAUGAAGCUGAAGAAGAAUCCCUGGAGAUGACAAAGAUGGGAGAAGGCAAGGAGGGAGAACAUGGCCACGGGCACAGUCAUGGCAAGAAACAUGGGCAUGGUCAUGGGCAUGAUCAUGGCAUGCCAACAUCGGUGGCAUCUGUGGCAUGGAUGGUGAUCAUGGGAGAUGGGCUUCAUAACUUUAGUGAUGGGCUAGCCAUUGGUGCUGCAUUUGGUAACAGUAUGACUGGGGGACUGAGCACCUCUAUAGCAGUCUUCUGUCAUGAGCUUCCUCAUGAGUUAGGUGACUUCGCCAUGCUCCUCAGGGCUGGCAUGUCAGUAAAGCAGGCCCUGGUAUACAAUGGGGUGUCCUCCAUCCUCUGUUUCAUAGGCAUGUUGAUUGGUAUAGCUGCCGGGAACAUGGGCGGAGCUAGUCUCUGGAUAUUUGCACUGGCUGGGGGGAUGUUCAUGUACAUAGCACUGGUGGACAUGUUGCCGGAACUCGCUAAUGUUCAGGAACGCACACACGAGAACCAGUACUGCCACCUGUUGAUUCAGAGUGCAGGGAUGAUGGUCGGUAUCGGGAUCAUGAUGACAAUAGCAUUGUAUGAGGACCAGAUCAAGGUGGACGCAAGUUAAGGAGCCCUCAUUUUGAAUAACUCAAAAUACAGCACCCUGUGCUAGCAUAGAAGCUCCCUUUUGGUACUUAUUAUAGACAGCAUUCAGGACAGCUUUAGAAUUUAUUUUGUUUUCCAGGGUUAUGGUACAUAUAAUAACAUGCAUUUAGGAUUGAAAUCUAGGUCACUGUUGUUCAAAUCAUUACACAAUUGAGGGGUGGAUUGAGGCCAUUUUCUGGGUCCUCCGGAAGACGAUCAGAUUUUCAAGUUUACAUUGAUGGGUAUCUAAUUUUGUCUGUCGGAAGACGGUCAAAAAUGGAGGAU